AUGGACGGCCAAGGGCUGGCCGUUCGGAUAACGGGGGCCACAACGUUGUCGUACAUCAAUGAUGAGUGGAAAUGCGACGUUUUUAUCUCGGAGGAAAAAGUAAAACACAGAACACACGCCGUCACCUGGGCGAUCAGGUGUACAACUCCAAAUUGUUCCUGUGAUUGUUUUACGCCUGGCAAGUCGCAAUUGAGAACGUGUGAUACAUGUAAACACGGUUGGGUAUCGCAUGCCCUGGAUAAACUCGGUUUUCGUCAUCUUUAUAAUUGUCAUCAGGUAGAGUUAGUGCAACCUAGUAUUGCCUUCGACAUUGCCUCUCUCAUGCUUUAUGGAACACAAGCUAUCCCUAUAAGGUUAAAAAUUCUUCUGGAUAGACUGUUUAGUGUAUUGCAGCAUGAAGAAGUGUUGCAAGUAUUACACGGCUUUGGUUGGACGUAUGAAGAUUAUGCUCGAGGUUACAUAUUACAGGUAAGUUGGGUGUAUCAUUUAAUAUUAACUGUAGGAAAAACAG